AUGAAAAUAUAUCACCUGAUCAAUAUUUUUCACUAUUUGGUCCUUUUGUUGUGCUUAUUGGGUGAUGUUGGACUUAUUGCAUGCACUGCUGUGAAAGUGAAACCAAUAUGCAUUGAGGAAGAAAGGCAAGCACUUGUGAGCUUCAAACAAGAUCUUACUGAUCCGUCUAGCAGGCUUUCUUCUUGGGUGGGUCAUGAUUGCUGCCGCUGGGAAGGGAUUUCAUGCGACAACCAGACCCGUCAUGUUGAUAAGAUCGAUCUCCGCAAUCCAUAUCCAGAUUCCACGGAUUUUGCAGAGUGGGACGAAUUGGCUUAUAACCAGUCUCUCUUGGGGGGGAUCCACAUUCCUAACUUCUUUGGGGAACUUAAAACUCUGAGAUAUCUCAAUAUCUCCUUUGCAGAGUUUGCAGGAGAGAUUCCCCCUUCUCUUGAUGGCCUCAGAGAACUUGCUCUAAUCGACAAUUCUUUCAGUUCUCAUAUUCCAGAUGAACUUGCAAACCUCAAAUCUCUUGAAUACCUAAAUUUAUCUUUUUCGACGUUUAGAGGUAGUGGAUUUCUCAGAGUCAUUGGAAACUUGUGCAAGCUAAGGACAUUACUUCUUUCUAGCACCGAUUUUGGUGGUUCGGGGAUUGAAGAGUUUUGGGCGAGUUUGUCAAAUUGUCCAAAUAAUACACUAGUAUUAGAGUUACUAGAUUUGUCUAGUUGCGGGCUGGAAGGCCAAUUGCCGGCCUUCUUGGGAAUGUUAAAGAGUUUGCAGUAUUUGUACCUCCUUGAUAAUCACAUGUAUGGGUCCAUUCCACAAAGUCUGGGACAACUCUCCCAGCUAGUUGAAAUCGAUCUGUCUAGGAAUUCUUGGGAUGGCAUUAUAACGGAAGCCCAUUUGAUUAAUCUCACCAAAUUAAAAAGUCUUUCAAUAGACAACGAUGAUUACGAUGUAAGUGAGAAGCCCGUGUCCCUCAUUUUCAACAUGUCUUAUGAUUGGGUUCCUCCUUUCAAACUCCACACAAUUAAUAUUGUAAACUGCAAAGUAGGUCCUCGUUUUGGGGUAUGGCUUCAAUCUCAGACUGAACUAGUAUAUGUCACCCUGAGUAGGACUGGAAUAUCAGAUUCUAUACCAGAGGAAUGGUUGUUGAAGGUAUCUUCCCAACUCGUAAUGCUGGAUUUAUCUUACAACCAAUUCCGAGGUAGGCUUUCAUCAAGCAUAUUGAUGAGAUUGCUAAAUUUACCUGGAAUAAGUUUGCAUCAUAAUCAAUUUGAGGGUCCACUCCCACUAUGUUCCACUAAUGCCACCAUCCUUAAUCUCGAAAGCAAUUUAUUUUCCGGGCCAAUUCCCUCGAAUAUUGACCAGGUGAUGCCUAACUUGGAAGAAUUGUACAUUUCGCAGAAUCAUUUGAAUGGUACAAUUCCACCUUCUAUUUGCAACAUGCAAAACCUGACAGUCCUUUCCCUGAGGAGCAAUAAUUUUUUUGGAGAAUUCCCUCACGCAUGGAGUUUGGGGAGCCAAAUAAGAAUUGUAGAUGCUGCCUACAACAAUCUCUCUGGUAAUAUUCCCACUUCAAUGAGAGUAUUAAGUUCUCUUGAAAUAUUGAAGCUAAACAACAACAAUUUUGGCGGUAAGAUUCCCGAUUCUUUGCACAAUUGCUCUAUUUUGAAAAGUAUCGAUCUUGGAGGCAACAAAUUAUCUGGGAGCAUACCUCCAUGGAUAGGAGGAUCAAAUGUAUCCAUGUUGUACAUGUUACGAUUGCGAUCCAACUUUUUUAUUGGACAAAUUCCCAGACAAUUGUGCAAUCUUGGCAACCUUCACAUCCUCGACCUCAGCCACAACAACUUUUCAGGUACUAUUCCCACCUGUUUCAAUAAUUUGACUUCUCUCGUUCGUGAUGUUUCCAACAUAUUCCAAGAUUACUAUCAGGAGCCAACCAUGCUGACAUUAAAAGGACAAGAACUCGUGUAUAACACCACUCUGAUGCUGGUAAAGAGCAUUGAUCUUUCAUCAAAUUUUUUGGAAGGUGAAAUCCCCCAAGAGAUAUGUAGCCUCACUUUAUUGGGUACCUUGAACUUGUACAAGGAAUCAGUUGACUGGUAA